AUGCCCCGAGACAUGGGCAUCACCGUCGUCGUCCUGGCGUGCAGCGUAGUAGUGGCCAUAGCUGCGGCUGCGUUCUUCGUCGUGCUGAGGGCGCUGAGGCGGUCGAUGGCACGCGAGGCGUCCCUGCGGGCAAACCUCGUCAGGCAAAAUGACGCGCUGCGGCAGGCGGAGCGCAAGAGCCUGAACAAGACCAACGCGUUCGCCGGUGCCAGCCACGACAUCCGGUCGGCUCUGGCGGUGAUCACGGGGCUCGUAGACGUGUCCCGGGUGGAGGCCCAGACGAACCCGCAGAUGAUGCAUAACCUCGAGCAGAUGGACGUGUGCACAAACAAAUUGCUCGGGAUACUUAACUCGAUACUAGACACAAGCAAGGUGGAAUCUGGAAAGAUGCAGCUAGACGAGGCCGAGUUCAGCGUAGCAAAUGUUCUGGAGGAGUCCAUGGACAUGAUCAACAUUGUAGGUCUGAGCAAAGGGCUGGAAGUGGUCUGGGAUCCCUGUGACUUAUCUAUCCUGUGUGGGAACGUAGUAGGGGACUUCAGGAGACUCAAACAGAUUCUUGACAACGUACUCGGCAAUUCCGUGAAGUUUACUCAGCAAGGGCACGUCGUUCUCCGUGCCUGGGCAAAUAGGCCUAUUAUUGCAAGGAGCUCAGUCUGUGUUCCUUCAAGAUUUGGCUGUUCCAAUUUUUUAUGCCUGUUCAAGGGAAGAGAACAUCGCAAGGAUUGUUGUUCGUUCAGCUCGAUCCAGAAUGAUCCCGACUCGGUUGAGCUGUACUUUGAAGUGGAUGAUACUGGCAUUGGAAUCCCAAAGGAAAAGAGAGAGUUGGUGUUUGAGGACUAUGUUCAGGUUAAAGAAGGGCAAGGAGGAACUGGCUUGGGGCUUGGAAUUGUUCAAUCAUUUGUCCGUUUGAUGGGAGGCGAGAUUAGCAUCAAGGACAAAGGGCCUGGUAAAACAGGGACCUGCAUUGGGUUCAAUGUGUUUAUGAAGAUGGGUGGAAUCCAUGAACAACAACAUGACAUAGAAGAAGGCAGUUCAAGUAGACAAUGCUGUAUCAGAGCCUCUGCCUUAAGAGAGGCCAAUAGUAGCUUUGAGGGUGGACACUGCAUGCUUCUUGUUCAUGGCGAUGAAACGCGAAGGGUACUGCAAUCUUGGCUGGAGAAUCUUGGGAUGAAAGUUUGGCUAGUCCCACAACUCGAGUCCCUUGCUUCUGUUCUCGAGAAUGUCUGUCAUGAUAGUAGUACAUCUCUGUCAAGGACAUCGGCGGACAGUUUCGAAUGCCACGCAGACUUCUGUUUCAGAUCCAGAGACACGGUUAGCCAAAUACUCCCUGUUGCACUGAAGAGCAGCAGUAGCUUCAAAAGAUCAGGCGCCUUUGGAGUCCACUGGUCUGGUGCUCUAGUCUUCAUUGAUGCACACUACGGCAAGAUGGAAAACAUAUGCACGGAGGUGAACUUCCCUGAGAUCAAGAAACAAAUGCCAUGCAAGAUUGUUUGCCUCGUCGACGCGAAUACCUCUUCUGGUGAUUUGGGGAGGCUGAGGCACCACACUUGCUGUGAUCUUGUCCUGCAAAAACCAAUCCAUGGGUCUCGGUUGUAUGCUCUCCUGAACACCUUGAGGGACCUCCAAAUGGCACAGGCCCAUCAUCACCCAUCUCAUGUUAGUCCUGAAAAUGCCGAGACCAGAAUGCCGGGAGGGUCAUCAGGGGCUGGCAAAUCAGCCGUGGUUGCGCUCGCACGGUCGUCUUCGGAACCAAAACGGGACGGCGACAAAUCAUUGACCGGAAGGCGUGUGCUGUUAGUGGAGGACACUUUGACUCUGCAGACGAUUGGGAAGAACAUACUGUACCAGCUUGGAGCAGACGUUGAAGUAGCAGAGGAUGGAGCCAAGGCUGUCAGCAUGUUCGAAGCUGCUCUUGCGCAAGUCGCUGGCUCACGAACGGGUGCAGCAGCGUCCACUCCCUAUGAUGCUAUCCUUAUGGAUUGCCAGAUGCCCGUGAUGGAUGGCUACGAAGCGACAAGGCGCAUCCGCGAGGCCGAGAGCUGCUACGGGGUUCACACUCCGAUCAUCGCCUUGACCGCCCACGCCAUGCAGGAUGAGGAGCAGCGGCAGAAGACCAUUGCCGCCGGGAUGGACCUUCACCUGACCAAGCCCAUGGAGCGGAGGAGCAUCGCUGAAGCCAUCCGUCGCGUGUGCGUAGUAGGUCAGGAUUGA